AUGAAGUCCUUUGGGAGUUUGGUUUAUUGCUUCUCUCUUCUGCUGGUGGAUCUUGCUCGAUCCUACGACCCUCACGAUCCAUCAGACAUCUUAGCCCAAAGUUAUGCACAGAGGAGAAAUAAUGCCCUGCCACACCGGACGCUGAACCCAGCAGAAACAGACUCCCAAUGUAGAAGCCGUCCGUUGGACCUGGUCUUCAUCAUCGACAGCUCCCGUAGCGUGCGUCCAGGUGAGUUUGAGAAGGUCAAGAUCUUCCUUGCAGACAUGGUUGACACUCUUGAUGUCGGUCAAGAUGCCACACGUGUCGCUGUGGUUAACUACGCCAGCACGGUCAAAAUCGAGUUCCUGCUGAAGAACCAUUUCACGAAGGACUCUAUAAAGCAAGCCAUCAACCGCAUCGGCCCCUUGGCAGCGGGAACCAUGACAGGUAUGGCCAUCAAGAAAGCCAUGGAUGAAGCCUUUACGGAUAAGUCAGGAGCGCGGCCGAAAUCCAAGAACAUUUCAAAGGUCGCCAUUGUCGUCACCGAUGGCCGUCCUCAAGACCAGGUGGAAGAGGUGUCGGCUGCCGCACGGGCUUCGGGGAUUGAGAUUUAUGCGGUUGGAGUGGACAGGGCUGAUAUGCGCUCGCUGAACCUCAUGGCCAGCAACCCUCUUGAGGACCAUGUGUUCUACGUGGAGACCUAUGGGGUGAUCGAGAAGCUCACCUCGAAGUUCCGGGAGACGCUGUGCGGUAUGGACUCCUGUGCUAUGGGACAUGAUUGUGAACACAUAUGUGUCAGCAGUGGCCCCUCCUUUUACUGCAAGUGUCGGAAUGGCUUUAUUUUGAACGAAGACCAGAAAACAUGUUCCUUGAAACAGGUGAAGGUGGAGAUCAUUCAGGAUCCCUGCAUGUGUGAGGCUAGACUGGCUUUCCAGAGACAAACACAAACCUCCAUUCAGGACCUCAACGCCAAACUCGCUGCUGUGACAAGAAAGAUGGAGCAAAUGCAGAACAUGCUGGGGCGAAUGUAACGGAGCAUUUUUGGGUCAAUGUCCUGAGAGCUUUCAGCAGACCUACCUGAGACUCGGACAGGACAACUUCAGUUUCAUUUGCACAGAGGCUGAUGUUUAAAUGAUGCUUCUGAAUUUUG